AUGCUUAGUCGGGCGACUGGGAGUGCUCGAUGUAGCUUCCAGCGGUGGCUACAUACUGGAACUGCGACCCCGUCUUCAACUUCCGCCGCCCUCCAACUCAUUCGGUCUCAACCAUCUCGAUAUAUUGUCGCCACUCUCGGUGGCAAGAAGCACAUCUUAACACCUCGAGAUUUGCUUACUGUACCUCGAAUACGUGACGUCAAAGUUGGGGACCUCGUUGCCCUGUCCUCCAUUCACGAACUUGGCUCUCGCGAGUACACAUUGCGUGGAGAUCCGAUUAUUCCGGCCUCAACUGGGGUCAAAGUUCAUGCGACGGUCGUAGAACACACCAAAGGAGCGAUGGAAUACACGUACAAGAAAAAACGGAGAAAAGGCUACCAGAAGCUCAUCCUGCACAAACAACCCUACACCCGUUUGCGCAUUGGAGACAUCGAGUUUUCGUCGGAUGUAAUAACUACUAAUGACCAGGCCUGA